CGAGCCUUCAAGAUGAUGUCCAUGAACAGCAAGCAGCCCCACUUCGCCAUGCACCCCACCCUCCCCGAGCACAAGUACCCGUCGCUGCACUCCAGCUCGGAAGCAAUAAGGAGAGCGUGUCUCCCAACUCCGCCGCUACAGAGCAACAUCUUCGCCAGCCUGGACGAGACGCUGCUGGCGCGGGCCGAGGCGCUGGCGGCGGUGGACAUGGCGGUGUCGCAGGGCAAGAGCCACCCCUUCAAGCCCGACGCCACCUACCACACCAUGAACAGCGUGCCCUGCACCUCCACCUCCACGGUGCCGCUGGGCCACCACCACCACCACCAUCACCACCACCACCACCAGGCGCUGGAGCCGGGCGACCUGCUGGAGCACAUCACCUCGCCCUCGCUGGCGCUCAUGACGGGCGGCGGGGGGCACGAGGGCGCGGGCGGCGGGGGCGGCGGCGGCGGAGGAGGCGGCGGAGGCGGCGGCGGCGGCGGAGGCGGCGGCGGGGGGCUGAUCUCCACCUCGGCGCACCCGCACUCGCACAUGCACAGCUUGGGCCACUUGGCGCACCCGGCGGCCGCCGCCGCCAUGAACAUGCCCUCGGGGCUGCCGCACCCGGGGCUGGUGGCGGCGCACCACGGGGGCGCGGCGGGGCAGGCGGCUGCGGCGGCGGCGGCGGCGGUGGGCGCGGCCGGCUUGGCCUCCAUCUGCGACUCGGACACGGACCCGCGGGAGCUGGAGGCCUUCGCCGAGCGCUUCAAGCAGCGGCGCAUCAAGCUGGGCGUGACGCAGGCGGACGUGGGCUCGGCGCUGGCCAACCUCAAGAUCCCGGGCGUGGGCUCGCUCAGCCAGAGCACCAUCUGCCGCUUCGAGUCGCUCACGCUGUCGCACAACAACAUGAUCGCGCUCAAGCCCAUCCUGCAGGCCUGGCUGGAGGAGGCCGAGGGCGCCCAGCGCGAGAAAAUGAACAAGCCCGAGCUCUUCAACGGGGGCGAGAAGAAGCGCAAGCGGACUUCCAUCGCCGCGCCCGAGAAGCGCUCCCUCGAGGCCUACUUUGCCGUCCAGCCGCGGCCCUCGUCCGAGAAGAUCGCCGCCAUCGCCGAGAAAUUGGACCUCAAAAAGAACGUGGUGCGGGUUUGGUUUUGCAACCAGAGACAGAAGCAGAAAAGGAUGAAAUUUUCUGCCACCUAUUAA